UAAUUGAUUUGUGCAGCAAAGUUUACAAUGGUCGGCUCCAAUUUUGGCAUCAUCUAUCACCCGAGUGCUGGCGGUGGCUCUUCAGGGCAAGCCAACACGGGAAGCGGCACAGCCUCUGGAGUUGGCGGUGGCAACAGUUUCAAUGCUAUUUCCAGCACUGACCGCACUGCGCCAGCAUCGCAUCUUAGCGAUUUCAUGUUACAACUGGAAGAUUAUACGCCUCUACUUCCAGAUGCCGUCACUUCACAUUAUCUGAAUAUGGGCGGCUUUCAUGCGGAUGACAAGCGCAUUGUGCGCCUUAUCUCGAUUGCAACGCAGAAAUUCAUGUCCGACAUCAUUGACGAUGCACUGCAGCAUUCCAAGGCGCGCACCCACAUGCAGAACUCCAGCACACCCGGCGGCUCCAAGGCCAAGGAUCGCAAAUUUACGCUGACCAUGGAGGAUCUGCAGCCGGCUUUAGCCGACUAUGGCAUCAAUGUACGCAAAAUGGACUAUAGCCAGUAAAACUAGGCAAAUGCAUAU